AUGGAGAAACGAGGGAGCAUAGUGGGUGAGUCAGCUUUUGUCAGCGGCCGAGAGCCGUGCGUUGCUCCGCUAUCCGCGAGCCAGCUCGCGAGAAGGCUCGGUAUCUUUUCGAACAUCGUCGACAGAGAGGAGGACACGAUGGCUUGGUGGGGGCGAAGGGGCUUUUCUUCGGCGCUUCGAUGGACCGCGGUGACCACCGCGGGCGUCGCGGGCAUCGCGGGGGUUCAGGCGCUGGCGCUGCACGCGCGAUACGAUCCGCUGCCGGACGCACGCGGGCCCACGCGCGGAGUGGCGUCGCCCGUAAACGGAAGAUCCAGGACGGACCGAGUCCACGGCGCGCCGCCGCUCGCGGCGAGGGAGGCGCUGAUGAAGGCGCGCGACGAGGCGCGCGAGUUCUUCGAGACGAAGGUCCGCCCCCGGCUCGGCGCGAUCCCGGGCGCAGCCGGAGGCGCGCGGGACGCGCCGGGCACUUCCACGGUCGCGAUGAGGACAUCGGAGAAGAGCGACAACGACGGCGACCGCUCGGGGAGGAAGAGGCGACCGCUUCGAAGGGUGGUGGUCGUCGGGGACUCCUUAGUCACCGGCGUGGGAUGCCGCGUGGACCGAUGCGACGGGCCAACGCUUCCGCGGCGCCUGGGCGAGGCACUCGCGGACGCCAUCGGCGCGGACGUGGAGUGGGUCGCCGUCGGCGCAAAGGGCGCGGACCUCGCCGCGAUACGCCGCGACGUCAUCCCGUCCCUCGGUGCCCGAUGGCGGCGGCGCGACGACGACGACGACGACGACGAACGCCGGUCCUCGUCCUCGUCCUCGUCCUCCUCCUCCUCAUCGUCCCGCAUCGACGCGGUGGUCCUGAUGUGCGGCGUCAACGACUUUAAGCACGCGCUGACUGGCCGCGCGCCAUCCACGUUUCACGCCGAUCUGAUCCAAUGCGUUGACGAGAUUAAGCGAGCGUUGGGCGACGACGUGUGGGUCAUCCUUCCCGGCAUGCCCAUGCAGCUCGCGACGAUAUUCCCUCCACCGUUGCGCUACCUCGCGCUGUACGCGUCAGACGCGUGGGACGCGCAGAAGCGGAAGAUGUGCGACGCCGCGGCGAGGGUGCGGUUCGUGCCUUCGCCGAGCGCAGAUGCGAUGCAGUGCAAAGCGGGCGCGGGUGUCGGGAUGGUGGCUGUCGACGGGAUACAUCCCAACGACGCGGGGUACGGCGCGUGGGCGCAUCACAUCGCGGAGAGCGUCGCGCCGGUGUUACUCGGGGACGGCGCGGCUCUGUGCGAGGAGGGGGAGGAAGGGGUGGGAGCGCGGACCGAGGGUAACACUUACUCUUAG